AUGUAUCUCAUGAAUCCCCCAGUAUUGGCCGCACCCAUCCCAGGAAAAUCAUUGAUUCUCUAUAUUUCCGCUCAAGAACGAUCGGUUGGGGCCUUACUUGCUCAAGGAAAUGAUGAAGGUAAGGAGAAUGCGCUGUAUUACUUGAGUCGGAUGAUGACACCUAAUGAGUUGAAUUACUCACCCAUCAAGAAGUUGUGCUUGGCACUUAUAUUUGUCAUUCAGAAGCUAAAACAUUAUUUUCAAGCACACACUAUUCGACUCAUAUCUAAGUCUAAUCCCAUUAAAUAUGUGAUGGCAAAACCUGUAUUGUCUGAUCGGCUCGCGAGAUGGUACCGCCAGUUUCAACAAUUCAAAAUUAUUUAUGUACCUGCGAAGGCUGUUAAAGGACAAAUAUUGGCAGACUUUUUAGCCGAUCAUCCCAUACCUGCCGAGUGGGAGUUGACUGAUGAACUCCCCGAUGAAGAAGUGUUUAUGGUUGAAUCCCCGUGGUCAAUGUAUUUCGAUGGAGCUACUCACCGUGAUGGAGCUGGUGCGGGAGUUGUCUUUUAUACUCCUGAAGCAGAUGUAUUGCCGUACUCCUUCACUUUAACAUGCCGAUGUUCAAACAAUGUGGCCGAAUAUCAGGCGUUGAUUCUUGAUUUUGAAACGGCUGUAGAUAUGAAGCAGUUGCAUCUUAGAGUCUAUAGUGAUUCAAAAUUGGUGGUAAAUCAACUUCUUGGUAUUUAUGAUGUCAAGAAACCUGAAUUGAUCCUGUAUUAUAAGUAUGCAAGACAACUCAUGGGAUAUUUGGAUAGUGUCACUAUAGAACAUAUUCCUAGAAAUUUCAACCAACAACCUGACUCUUUGGCAAGAGUGGCGUCCAUGAUCACUUUACCUUCUCAUCGAAAUCAAAUUUCAAUAUGUCAGAAUUGGGUCAUACCUCCGAUGUUUAACGAAGAAGGUGAUGGUGAGGAAGAAAAUACUUAUCAUAUUUUUGUCCAUGAGAUCGAAAAGGAGGAUUGGCGUCACCUCAUCAUUGAUUAUCUUAAUCAUGGGAAGUUACCAGAAGAUCCUAAGAAAAUGGUUGAUAUACGUCGUCGAGCACCACGUUUCAUUUACUACAAAGGGACGCUUUACCGAAGGUCAUUCGAUGGGGUGUUUCUACGAUGUCUUGGAGAAGAUGAGGCCAUGCAAGCAAUAGAGGAGGCUCACUCUGGGAUAUGCGAUGCUCACCAGUCUGGCCCGAAAUUACACUCUCGCAUUAAAAGAAUGGGAUACUACUGGCCAACAAUGGUAAAGGAUUGCAUUGACUUUGCUAGAAGAUGUCAAGCAUGUCAAUUUCAUGGCAAUUUCAUCCAUUAA